AUGAUAUUGGCUCGGAAAUGUGCACUUUCAACUUCUAAGCAUUCUUUAUGGGAUAAUCGAAAAUGUGCUUGUAAAACUGGUCGCAUCAAAGUCGACAAUGAAACGCCAGUUCAUAUUUUCAACAAUACGGCAAAAGAUGAAUUGGCUUAUUGUUCAAACGCAAAUGUUUCUAAAUUUCCUACAAUGAAUGAGAAAAAUAAUGCUUUGAAGGGAAGCCGCAUCAGGAAUCGGAUUUACCCUUUAAAACUGUUAAAUAGGCAUUACCGUUCAUUAUCCCAUCAGCGCUUUUGUACUUCUAUGACAUCAUCCCAUACUUGCUCAUUAUCAUUCAUCGUUUUAUCACUCGCCUUAUUAUCAAUAUCCGAAUUGUUAGUGGCAGCAGAUGAGUCAGAUUUUUCUGAUACAAUGAGGGAAUUGAGGCCCCUUAAAAAUAGCAAUAAUCAUAGUAGCAGUAGGAAUAACAGUUAUGAAACAGCAAAUCGUAAGUCAUCAUCGACAGCAUUGCGCAAAGCGUAUACUAAUCAAUUUGCCGUACGAAUCAUAGGUGGUGAUAUCGUGGAUGCGAACAAAUUAGCGGCAAAACAUGGUUUCAUCAAUCUUGGACAAGUUUUGCCAAAUGAUGAAUAUUUCUUGUUUGAAAGUCCACGAACAAGGAAAAGGUCAACGCGACGUAGAAGGAAUGCUCAAACAAAUUCUAUUGCAAGAGAACCUCAAGUGGAAUGGAUAGAACAACAAAUAGCAAAAAAACGAGUGAAACGUGGUUAUAUGCCUAUGAAUACUCGUUCACCAGCUGUUCACUUUCAGCGAUACAAGGGCAAUGAAAUUAAUGAUGAUCCCACAAUAAUGUCCGAUGACGACGCUCAACAGCAAUAUUCAAGCAACCGAAACCGGAAUGCUGGUGUUCGGAAUGUUGGAAAUUAUAAUUUAAAUGAUCCUCUGUGGUCCGAUAUGUGGUAUUUGAACCCAGCAGUGUUUGAUCGUGGCUUGGAUCAUAAUGUACGCGAAGCUUGGGAUCUUGGUUAUACAGGAAGGGGUGUAGUUGUAACGAUAUUGGAUGAUGGUUUGGAACGAACACAUCCGGAUAUUGCUCCGAAUUAUGAUGCAAAAGCUAGUUACGACGUCAAUGAUCGCGAUGAAGAUCCGACACCGCGGUAUGAUUACACAGAUGAGAAUAGACAUGGAACACGAUGUGCUGGCGAAGUAGCUGCUAUUUUCAAUAAUUCGCUAUGUAUAGUUGGAAUCGCAUACAAUGCUCGAAUUGGGGGGAUUAGAAUGCUGGAUGGUGAUGUGACCGAUGCGGUAGAAGCAACCAGUCUUGCUCAUAAUUCUGACCAUAUUGACAUUUAUUCCGCGAGUUGGGGACCGGACGAUGAUGGCAGAACAGUUGAUGGACCAGCAAAACUAACAAGAAGAGCUUUCGAAAAAGGGAUUCGUGAGGGUCGUCAUGGACUUGGUUCUAUAUUUGUUUGGGCCAGUGGAAAUGGUGGUAAAGAUGCCGACUCGUGUAAUUGUGAUGGGUAUACCAAUAGUAUUUAUACAUUAUCGAUAUCAUCCGCAACCGAACACGGCAACAUACCGUGGUAUUCGGAAGCUUGUAGUUCAACACUUGCUACUGCAUAUAGUAGCGGCGCUACUGGUGAAAAAAUGAUUGUGACAACAGAUUUGCAUCAUUCCUGUACAAAUGCUCAUACGGGUACGUCAGCAAGUGCACCACUGGCAGCUGGCAUUGUUGCUUUAACUCUAGAAGCAAAUCCUAAAUUAACAUGGCGAGAUAUGCAGCAUAUUGUUGUUCGCACUGCUCGACCACUCAAUCUUCGUGCUGGUGACUGGGUAGCAAAUGGAGUUGGAAAGAAAGUUUCACAUUCAUUUGGUUUUGGUUUAAUGGAUGCUGGUGGGAUGGUCCGAUUGGCUAGUAAUUGGACAACCGUUCCGGAGCAGAGGAAAUGUAUUGUCUUUUAUCCAGCUAGAUACAAAACAGUUCCACAUGGCAAUCGAUUACAGUUGCAGCUUUACACGGAUGGUUGUGCAAGCUACCCGCAUAAUAAAGUAGGAUAUCUUGAACAUGUUCAGGCAAUAAUUACCCUGACUGCACCCAAACGGGGUGAUAUACAAAUUUAUCUCACUUCACCAUCAGGAACUCGAUCAACUUUAUUAGCUAAACGAGCUCGUGAUACUUCAAGGACAGGCUUCAGAGAAUGGGCUUUCAUGACAACUCAUAAUUGGGGUGAAAUGGCUGUUGGCUUAUGGAUAUUGGAAAUCAACAACGAUGGGUGGGAUGAUGCUGAACUGAUUCGAUGGGAUUUAGUUCUUUAUGGUACAGCAGUAGAAGUAAGCAGUGUAGGUGGUAUACCUUCCGCUUCUUUAUCAUCAUCAUUAACUCCACGUUCAUUGUCUAGUAAAGCACGAAUUCGUUAUGGUACAUUAUGGGAAGACACAUCUGCUGCAUCCAUCAUUACUGCUCCCAGUAACAUGGCUUUACUUUCUUUGCUGUUUAGUUUCACUGUAUUUUAUUUAUUUAAACUUUCCAUCCGGUGA